CUCACAGUGGGAUCAGAGACACUCCGGAUAGAGACGUCACCCCUCCGACCUCCCCUCCUUUGGAGUUUAGCUCUUUCUUUCGGGGAUUGCCAAACAGGUUGCUUCUUUGAGAGUCUUCUCAUAGUUGACUUUCCCCAGCUGACUUGAGAAGGGUGGUGGUGUCCUUCCAGCCGGAGCUGGCUCUGAUUAGAGCGUAGAUCCUCUUGGGGUUGGUUGCAGAAGAAAUGUAGCCAGAGCUGGGGGGCUGUAUGACCGGGGGAUCGUGGAAGUGACGGAGACCUUUACGCAGAGCUGGAAAGAGAUGCUUUUCCUAGAGCGGCCGUGUGUGAUGAACCUGGAGCGCAACGAGAGAGGGGAGCGCCCUCUCCCUCGAGGCCUGGACAUGGAGGCCCGUGCUGGGGGAAAGAUGGGGAAGAUGUCGGUGGGGUUCCAGAGGAGCUCCACCUCAGACGACGACUCCGGAUGUGCGUUGGAGGAGUACACCUGGGUGCCACCGGGCCUCAGGCCUGAGCAGGUCCAGCUGUAUUUCUCCUGUCUGCCUGAAGACAAGGUGCCGUACAUCAACAGUCCUGGAGAGAAGCACAGGAUCCGACAGCUCCUCUACCAGCUUCCACCGCACGACAACGAGGUGCGCUAUUGCCAUUCUCUAACGGAGGAGGAAAAGAGGGAGCUCCACAUGUUCAGCACACAAAGGAAGAGGGAGGCGCUGGGGCGAGGAACACCCAAGAUCCUCCCCAGAGCUCUCCAGCACACCCGCUGUGAAACCUGCCGUGGCGGCAUUAACGGAGGGGAGAUGGCCAUUUUUGCCUCCAGAGCUGGGCCGAGCCCGUGCUGGCACCCAGCGUGCUUUGUGUGUGCCACAUGUCAAGAGCUCCUGGUGGAUCUGAUUUAUUUCUACCAAAAUGGCAAGCUGCUCUGUGGAAGGCAUCACGCUGAGCUUCUCAAGCCACGAUGCUCCUCUUGUGACGAGAUCAUCUUUGCAGACGAAUGCACUGAAGCGGAGGGCCGUCACUGGCACAUGAAGCACUUUGCCUGUUUUGAGUGCGGGACGAUGCUGGGUGGGCAGCGGUACAUCAUGAAAGAUGGGCGACCCUUCUGCUGUGGCUGCUUUGAGUCUUUGUAUGCAGAAUACUGCGAGGCUUGUGGUGAAAACAUCGGUGUUGACCACGCUCAAAUGACCUAUGAAGGUGUACACUGGCACGCAACGGACCAGUGCUUCUCUUGUGCCCAGUGUAAGACGUCGUUGUUGGGCUGUCCCUUCUUGCCCAAGCAAGGACGCAUCUAUUGCUCAAAGGCCUGCAGCCAGGGGGAAGACAUCCACGCCUCAGAUUCCUCAGACUCUGCCUUCCAGUCGGCCCGUUCACGCGAGUCGCGGCGCAGCGUGCGCAUAGGGAAGAGCAGCAAGCCUGGUGAGCAGUGGAGGCAAUCGCAGCUGUUCAAUCUUCCCGCCACCGUCCCUUCAUACGAGAACAAAUUUGAGGACGGUGAGGGUGAGAGAGAUGCCGAUAGAGACGGUAGCAUCGAUAUUGUUGGGCGCAAGUUGGCUCACCUGGGCCUUGAGGAGGAGAGGUUCUGGAGGGAGCGGGAGGAGCACGAUGCUGGCGGGGAGGAGGAUCCAGAGGAGUGGGCCCAGCACGAGGACUAUAUGACUCAGCUCCUGCUCAAGUUUGGCGACCGGGGAUUGCUACAACAGCUUCAGCAGCCGUCCCUAAAGUCGCCCAGCCCUACCGGUGACAGAAGGAGGCUCAUAAGUGUGUCCGAUCCCUGGCUAAAACCCGAUUCUACAUCCGUGGGGGUUGGCGCCUCCUCCCCAACGCCUGCCAGUCCCACCCAGAGCCAGAUUUCCAAUCAGUCUCGAGCCAACAGCCUCAGCCCCGGGUUGAUAGACAAGCAGCACCUGCCUGAGAUGUACUGGGCCCAGUCACAGGAUGGACUGGGAGACUCGGCCUACGGGAGUCAUCCAGGUCCUGCCAGUGCCAGAAAGAUCCAGGAGCUUGAGUUGGACCAAGAUCGGGACCCGUCUGGGGUAGGAAGACAGGCCUUCUGGUCGGACAACAGGCAGUGGUACGAAGACUCUCUUGAGUGUAUCGCUGAUGAGCUGAGGAAGGUUGAGAAAGGUUGUGGAGACUCCAUGGACUCCCUGGCGCUCUCAAAUAUCACUGGUACAUCAGUUGAUGGAGAUACCAGGGAUAGACCCGUAGUCUACACAGUUAAUGCCAUGCAGGGUCCGUCUGUGGUAGACGACUGCGAAAAGAUGAGCAACAUGGGGACAUUUAAUUCUUCACAUCAUCACCACAGUGCCAACUCUCUCAACCUCAACAUGGAGAAGGGCAUUGACGAGGCAGAGAAAGAGGUGGGGCUUGCAAUGAGGGGAGGCGCACAUGGAGGACUUCACGCGCUGUCUCCACUCUCUGACGGUGUCCCUCCGUCCUUUGUUCAACCCCCGGCUCUGAGAAGGAGCAAGUCACAAUCCAGGCCCCCGCAGAUGGUCAAGUUCUCAGAAGACACUGUCGACAACGGAUAUAACGAUGACUUUGAGAUCAGUAUUACGAAGCAUCCCAUGAGCGAGAAGCCGCAGAGAAGGGCUUACUACCCCGAGGAGAUGGGCAGAGAGAGAAGCCGCUCCACGAGUCACCACGGGCGCAGCAGGCCGCAUCACCACCGGCAGGGUCGGCACCACCGGAGCCGCAAAACCCGCUCGGACAACGCCCUCCACAUGAUGCCCGUGGAGAGAGUACAGAGGCCGUUUGAGCCCCAGCAGCCGGUUCUGGUCAACCCUCCACGCGGGCCCAUGCACCUGCAGCAUCCCUCACACAUGCUGCCCCUGGCCUACUCCCAGACCCGAUCUGACUAUAUGCUUCGGAGCGCGGCGCAAAACGACCCACGCGUUGAACAUUUCAUGGGUCUCCACAGAGAUGAGGAGGACUGGUGUUCUACUUGCUCUUCUUCGUCAUCAGACUCUGAGGAAGAGGGCUUCUUCCUGGGCCAACCCAUCCCUCAGCCGAGGCCUGCUGGGCGGUACUACGCAGAAGACUACCCGACCAGGGUGACGGCCCUCACCUCCCUGAGCCACGGCUCACGGACUGGUCGGCGGAAGAGCCACCGCUCUAAAAACUGUAUUAUUUCCUAAUGCAGAGUAUUUACAUGAUAAAUCUGCACUGCACCAAGCAAUACUGUAAAGAUGUUGUAACUAUUCUGUGUACGGUUUACACGGAUCACUUCUGAUGCAUAUCAUACCAGGCCAAAGUCGGGUGAAAGAAGACGUUCUAAAUUGUAAUUAAGAGUGGAAAAAACAGUAGAUCAGAGGAAAAUAAAGUGUGGAAAUCACCUUUUGCAUGAGUACAGUCUAAAUAAUGGUUUUUACUGAAUUUUAGCACUAAAAUGAUGUAUGGACCAAUAUGAUUGCAAGCCUGUCUUUAAACCAGACCCAAAUGGUGUAAAGUUGACAUUAAACCAAUUUUCUUUUAUAUUUCAGCUUUUGUCAUGUUUUUGCUAGCCUGGCCAGCCAUACACAUUCAGUCUAAAGUGAUUCUUGGGAAGAGGGUCUGGUACCCUUCCCAUUCACAGCUAUUUCUCUCGGUACACAAUCUACCAAGUCAAUCGCAACAGGGUAGAAGCACCAAGAGCCACUAUUUAAAACAACCAAGAAUUGCUAAUAACACAAGUAUUUUCUUACAGAAUCCCUCUAUAGGCAUUUACAAGUAUUCCUGCUCCACUGCAGACCAUCAUGGAUCUCUUUCAUACUUUUCUGAUUGGUUCCAUCCAACAGCAUCCAGAGUUUUUGCAUCGGUUGACGUUAUCCCUUGGAAAUCAAAGCUUAAUUCAAAUGAAUCAGACUAAAACUUUAUAAUGAAAAUGAAUAGAAUCAAGAUGGCUGGCUAGGCUAUGUUUUUUUUUAUGGUUUAUGCUCAGUCAUGUUUUCAGUGGUAUGUUUGUGCAUAAAAAAAGGCAAUGCUUUUUUUGUACAGGAGUGGAUAAUUCAAGUAGAAAAUAGAAAUGACCAAUUGAUUAUUUAAUUCUCACUAGUGCAAAAUGAAAAUGUAUAUACUAAGUUAAGAUUUUAAUACUGGUAUUUUUAUAUCCAUGUUUUAAGAAAUCCUUUUAUGAUUAUAAAAUACAAGUUAUAGUUUACAUGUGUUGAUAUUCUAUAGGAAACAAAAAAAAAAGAAGCCACUUCAUUCACAGCAAGUUGCUAUAUUAUUCCCUAAUAAUUUCAACGCGGCCAUUAAUAUUCUCUCUGUUGGUGUACAAACUUAAGAAAAAAAAACAACUGGCAGCAGCUUCUGUAUUUCCACCAGGUUACUACCAUUGCUCUGACAUUAACAAAUAAAUGCUUUGUGUUGUA